ACCAGGCGCGCUCCUCCCCUUUAAGGCGCCCGGCCGGGCGGGGCCCCGAAGACUUUUUCCGCCGUGCGGCCAGCGUCCUCCGGCACAAAAACGACUUAAAGGAGACGCGUGGCGCGAUGGCGACGACCCCACGCGCGGGACGGCGGCGCGGGAGGCCGCUCCCGGCGCUGCUGCUGCUGCUGCUGCUGGUGCCGUUGCCGCCGGGAGGCCCGCCGGGCGCCGACGCCUACUUUCCCGAGGAGCGCUGGAGCCCGGAGUCGCCCCUGCAGGCGCCGCGCGUGCUGAUCGCGCUGUUGGCGCGAAACGCGGCCCACGCGCUGCACACCACGCUGGGCGCGCUCGAGCGGCUGCGGCACCCGCGGGAGCGCACGGCGCUAUGGGUGGCCACGGAUCACAAUGUGGACAACACGUCAACUGUGCUGCGGGAGUGGCUGGUGGCCGUGAAGAGUUUGUACCAUUCCGUGGAGUGGCGGCCAGCGGAGGAGCCCAGAUCCUACCCGGACGAGGAGGGCCCCAAACACUGGUCUGACUCACGCUACGAGCAUGUCAUGAAAUUGCGCCAGGCAGCCCUGAAAUCAGCUCGAGACAUGUGGGCCGAUUACAUCCUGUUCGUAGACGCAGACAACCUGAUCCUUAACCCUGAUACGCUGAGCCUGCUCAUCGCUGAGAACAAGACGGUGGUCGCCCCCAUGCUGGAUUCCCGGGCUGCGUACUCCAACUUCUGGUGUGGAAUGACUUCCCAGGGCUACUACAAACGCACACCCGCCUACAUCCCCAUCCGCAAGCGGGAGCGCCAGGGCUGCUUCGCGGUUCCCAUGGUGCACUCGACCUUCCUGAUCGACCUGCGGAAGGCAGCGUCCAGGAACCUGGCCUUCUACCCGCCCCACCCCGACUACACCUGGUCCUUUGACGACAUCAUCGUCUUCGCCUUCUCCUGCAAGCAGGCAGAGGUACAGAUGUACGUGUGCAACAAGGAGGAAUACGGCUUCCUGCCAGUGCCGCUGCGUGCCCACAGCACCCUCCAGGAUGAGGCCGAGAGCUUCAUGCACGUGCAGCUGGAGGUCAUGGUGAAGCACCCGCCAGCGGAGCCCUCCCGCUUCAUCUCAGCGCCCACCAAGACGCCGGACAAGAUGGGCUUCGACGAGGUCUUCAUGAUCAACCUGAGGCGGCGGCAGGACCGGCGGGAGCGCAUGCUGCGGGCACUGCAGGAGCAGGGGAUCCAGUGCCGGCUGGUGGAGGCCGUGGACGGCAAAGCCAUGAAUACCAGCCAGGUGGAGGCACUGGGGAUCCAGAUGCUGCCCGGCUAUCAGGACCCCUACCAUGGCCGGCCCCUCACCAAAGGCGAACUGGGCUGCUUCCUGAGCCACUACAAUAUCUGGAAAGAGGUGGUGGACCGGGGGCUGGAGAAAUCGCUCGUGUUUGAGGACGACCUGCGUUUUGAGAUCUUCUUCAAGAGGCGUCUGAUGAACCUCAUGCGGGAUGUGGAGCGGGAGGACCUCGACUGGGACCUCAUCUAUGUGGGCCGGAAGCGGAUGCAGGUGGAGCACCCCGAGAAGGCGGUGCCCCGUGUGAGGAACCUGGUGGAGGCCGACUACUCUUACUGGACCCUGGCCUACGUGAUCUCCCUGCAAGGCGCCCGCAAGCUGCUGGAUGCCAAGCCGCUCUCCAAGAUGCUGCCUGUGGACGAGUUCCUGCCCGUCAUGUUUGACAAGCACCCAGUGUCCGAGUACAAGGCCCACUUCUCCCUCCGCAACCUGCUCGCCUUCUCCGUGGAGCCGCUGCUGGUCUACCCCACACACUACACAGGGGAUGACGGCUAUGUGAGUGACACAGAGACCUCAGUCGUUUGGAACAACGAGCAAGUCAAGACCGACUGGGACCGCGCCAAGUCCCAGAAGAUGCGGGAGCAGCAGGCGCUGAGCCGGGAGGCCAAGAACUCAGACGUGCUGCAGUCCCCGCUGGACAGCGCUGCCCGGGACGAACUCUGAGGGGUGGCAGCCAGAGAGCCAGAGCAGCCGUCGCUGGCCCAGCCCCCACGUGCUCACUGAGGACAUCGGGGCCACCUCUGGACCCCCUGGCAGGCCACAGAGGGCUCUCCGCGCGGGGUGAUGCCCAGCCAGCUCUUGCUAAGCAAUCACGUGCACACAGGCAGCAUUGGAGCGCCUACCGCAUGCCAGACACGGGGCUUGGCACCAGGGAAUUGGGAUGAACCAAACCCUCUUCAUCUGUUCAUGUGCCCAACACUUAUUAAGCACCUGCGGUAUACCGGGUUCCCAUGUUAUGGCAGUGAAUGAGGCAUAAUUAUUCCCUCCAUCAAUGAUCGACUCAGUAAUCAAGCAGUUACUGGUCAGAUUAAGAAGCAGGCACUACUGACAUACUCAUUUUUAAAAUUCACCCAAGGAUUUA